AUGUCUGGUCCAUAUAUUUACGUUAGGUCAAGCAAGCAAAAGCAUUUGAAGAGAACAAAAAAUGAAGACAGAAUCAGCAAACUUCCGGAAUCACUCAUAAGUUGCAUACUCUCUUUUCUGCCAACCAAAGACGCAGUUGGAACAAGUGUGUUAUCCAAGACAUGGGUAUAUCGCUGGACAUCCAUCACCAAGUUGGACAUAGAUGAUACUUUCUACUCUCCUAAGAAGAAGAACCGAGGAAAACAGAACUUCAUCAACUUUUUGUAUAGGACACUUCUUCUUACAAAACCAUCUAGUUUCUCACUUGUUCUUGUCCACAACCAUGAUGUGACCCUUUUCAAUAUUUGGAUAUCGAAUAUCUUGAUCCAGAGGGUUAAAAAUCUUCGUAUUGUCACACGUUUUGACAUGUCCUUUUCAGCUCAGGCAUCUCAUUUUCUUUUCGAAUCCUUUUGUUUGGAAGAAUUGGUGCUGAAUAUGGUUUCUUGUGCCAUUAGAGUUACUAAAACCUACGUUUAUUUUGGACAACUAAAACUCCUGAAAUUGUCUGGGGUUUUAUUUAUUUAUGACUCUGUCUCAGAUUUCAAUCUUUGUUUACCAGUUCUAAAAGUGUUUGAAACAACGAAUUGCGCUUGGUUAAAAGCAAAACGCGUCACUCUGAAAGUGCCUCUACUUGAAAGCGUUAUCAUAGUGCAAGACGCCAAGUCCGGGUCUUAUGCGACGAAUAACUGUGCGAUAGAGUUUUCUGCUUCUCAUCUGAAAGACUUUACUUAUCGUGGCUAUGAUUACAUAUCACAUUUUUUCAAGCUGCAGGAUCCCUCAUCGGCUCAUAAUGCUUCUCUCACUUUAACGGUGAGCCCGUGUGAGAAGAACAAAGAUACGAUGAUAGAGUCCCGUGUCGUUGUGCUUCUCAGACAAUUUAGGAAAAUGAAAUGUCUCAAAUUCGAUGGUUUGCAGGAGCUGGGGCAAAGAAGUGUUGCUAAUCUACCUUUAUUUGGAAUGUUGAGCCAUUUGGAUCUAGGCUCUGUCACUGGUGAUGUCUUGUUAGGCUUACUUCUCAAGUCACCGAUUCUCAGGACUCUUGUUUUCGAGGGAAUAUCUAAAUUCGACCAGGAGUUUUUGAACUCUGCUGCUGUGCCGGAAUGUUUGACAUCUACUCUCCAGGUUGUGAAAUUUGGUUCACUGUAUGGAUUUGAGGAUGAACUAUGUUUAGCAAAAUUUGUGAUGGAAAAUGGUUUAAUGCUGGAGAGGAUGAGCUUCUCCAUUGGUUAUUGGCAGAGGAAAUCGAAGGUGAUAGAGGAAUUUAAACAGAAGCUGUUCUCAUAUAAGAAAGCUUUCUCUUGUGCUAUUAUUGAAUUUUCACACGAUUGGGACGUAUUUGAAUAG